GACAACUGAAGGCACCCACAUCGGUUGCCGAGAUAAAAAAAUGUUGAGCGACGAGCUUCAUCAGAAAGGUCUGCAAAUCAAGCAGGCUGACAAGUUCUUCAGCAGGCUCAUGUCCAAAGAAACUUCAACGGUCAACUCUUCUUGCAGGGUCUACUACGGCGGAGCUUCCGGUGCCGUUCCCUUCACGUGGGAAUCUCAUCCCGGAACCCCCAAACACCCUUCCUCCGACGCUGCCCUUCAUCCUCUCACUCCACCGCCUUCAUACUAUUCCUCUUUCGACUCAAAAUAUAACCACAAAAAGGGCUUCAAAUCCACACUUUUGAGCUCCAUCUUUCCCAGGAAAACCAAGGCUUCCCCUUCUCCUUCACGCUCCUCUACAUCAUCUUCAUCGUCACGGUCAUCGUUGCAUGAUCAUGGUUCUUCAACGAACCGUAAAUUGUUUCAUUGGCGGAUCAGCUAUUUUUCAUGCUCGAGGUCGCCGGUUCAUAACUGCAUGGAUGAAGAUGAUGAUGGUGACGGUGAAGGGCUUGGAUCACCAACUUGGAUAUUGUGUUUUGGGGUUAAACCAAAGAAUCUGAAUGGGUUUAAAGGAUGUCAGUCGAUGAUGAACGUAAAGAAAGCGUUGCUUGCAAUGGUUAGCCACGGUUCUGGUCAAGUUACUAGUAAUUAAUUUCAUCAAACACCUUUCACUUUCAAAUGUUCUUAAUUUCUGGAUUUGAUCUUUAUUUUGGUGUAUUUCAGAUGAAUGAUUUUUCAUCGUUGAACAGUUUGUUCAAACUCAUUCAAAUCCAAU